AAAUUAACCCUUUCUCUCUCUCCUCUCUCUGCUUCUAAGGUUCAUAAAAAACAUGGAACAAAAUAAGAAACAGGAAGCAAUGGCCAAUUCAUAAUCCUCACCAUUAGGAGAUUUACCACCAAACGAAUAAUAAUCUUAAUGAUCUAUCCAAUGGAGAAUCGUUCACUCCUUAGGGGGCUAAUCAAGAAUUCGUCAUUUCAAUUCCACAGCUCUUUCAAUUCUCCUGAUUCCAUCAAAUGUGACUGAUUUGAAUUACACAUUUUUUUUUUUCUUUUACCAAAACAGAAGAAGAAUAUUACACACAUUGAUUGUGUCCACAAACAAACAAACAAUGUCGAUGUUUCCUUCUUUCCAAUUACUAGAGCUCAACAUAAUCUCUGCCCAGGAUCUAGCUCCUGUCUCACGUAAAAUGAAGACCUACGCGGUGGCUUGGGUUCACUCCGAGCGCAAACUCACCACCCGCGUAGAUUACACUGGUGGAGCAAACCCAACUUGGAACGACAAGUUCGUCUUUCGAGUUAGCGAGGAUUUCCUUUAUGCCGAUACUUCAGCUGUCGUCGUUGAAAUCUACGCCUUACACUGGUUCCGUGAUGUUCACGUUGGCACAGUCCGUGUCCUCAUCAGCAACCUAAUCCCUCCAAAUCGCCGACCUGGAUACCGAAGCAAUGAUGAGUAUCGCCGUACACCGCCUCCCGGAAUGAGAUUCGUCGCGCUUCAAGUUCGCCGACCAUCAGGUCGUCCUCAGGGAAUAUUAAACAUCGGUGUUGGAAUACUUGACGGGUCAAUGCGUAGUAUGCCGCUUUACACGAAUAUGGAUUCAUCUGCAGUUGGUUACAGAGAUUUGCUAGGAGAAGAUGAUCCACAUUUGCAGAAUUUGCAUCUUAAUAGCUUCAAAGGAAGCUCAAAGAAUCUACAAUCUCCAUCUUCAAAACAGUACCAAUCCGUAGUCUCGAGGCCACCGAUGCUCCGCCGUACAAAGAGCGAUACUAGCUCAAUGGUUGUUUCUGAUCUUCUAAGCAGAGCAGAGCGGAGCCGUGUGGCGAGCAGAAAGCCAGCCAGCGCGUUAAUGAGCAGCGAAUCAGGGACUGUACCAACCACGUCGGGACAUGAUUCGACGACGUCAGAUUCCGAUGCUACCGAUUAUGUGCCUCCUUAUCAAUCCCCAAAGAUCCCAAGUCAGAGAUACGAUUCAUACGAGCCUGACUACAUAGAUCAAUCACCAAGAGAGAGCCACAAUGUGAUGCGACCGAGAAGUGAAAGACACGAGAGAUACGAAGAGUCACCUUAUCGUUCGCACGACCGUUCACGCAAAACUCCGAGAAGAUCAACUCCGAUGAUCGAGAAACCAAGACCCCCGAAAGACUAUGACCACACCAGCAGCCGCGCUUCACCCUAUUUGUCAAGGCACGGGACACCUUUGAGAUCAAACAUUGUCGCAUCUACUCCGAUCAGAUCUAACAUGGUUGCAUCUAGUCCGAUGAGAUCCACCGGCGUCGAAUCUACUCCAAGGAGAUCUAACAUCCUCGGUUCAACUCCUUUACGAUCCAACAUCGUCGGAUCAACUCCGAUUCGAUCUAACUACAUGGCUACACCGAUGAAAUCGCCUCUGCAAUUUGGUACUCCGAUGAGAUCAAAUUUAGCAGGACGACCGAUUUUAACCGAAUCCGAAUUAGGUCCGUCGCCAUCAGAAGUAGCGCAAAAGAUGGCGAAAGAGAGAUCGCUAGCUAACGAAACAGAGAGCUCGAUUCUCAGUGAAUGGAGUUUAGACGACGAUAGUAACAUGGAAGGCCUCCGAUCGAAACUUGAACGGUGGCGAACGGAGCUUCCGCCGCUGUACGAUCUAGGAUCGAGUCAUCAAAGCAGCGAUGUAGGAAGCGGUGCGAUUGUAGUCGCAAACGCAGGUGGAGGGAAAAGCUCGAGGAAGAAAACUCCGGCGGUGAAGAAGAAGCAUAACCGUCGUCACACAGAAGGAGGAAACGGACUUUUCUCGUGUUUCAGUAACUUGUGCGGCGUGGAAUGCACAUUCGUGUGUGGAGGCGGGUCUGAUCCUGACGGGUCGAAGAAGAAAGGUGGGUCUGGGCGUUUAACCCGCCUCGGCUCUGCUGGUGAUUUAAGUUAUUUGUGAUUAUAUUAAAAUUUU